AUGCCAUCGUUUAGCUUUGAAGACAUUCCCGACUUACAAGGACGAGUUGCGAUUGUAACUGGUGGGACUAGUGGAAUUGGUGAAGUAUGUGUACGAGAAUUGGCUCGAAAGGGUUGUAGAGUGUACUUGUUUGCACGUAAUCAAGGUAGAGCAGAAGAGGCGAUCAAACGAAUGCACGAACAUUCAAAGGACAUCAAAGGUGAAAUCACAUAUAUGCAAUGUGAUACCUCAGAUUUUGAAAGCGUUCAAACAGCCGUUCAACAAUUCAAAUCGCAACAAGAUCGUUUGGAUAUUUUGAUUAAUAAUGCCGGAAUCAUGGCAGUUCCAUACAGUGUGAAUAAGGAUGGUAUCGAAAUCCAACAAGCCACAAAUGCCGUCGGUCCUGCAAUCUUGACCGUGCUAUUGCUGGAUGUCUUGGUUCGUACCGCACGUCAAACAGCUGGCAAAUAUUCUGUCCGAAUCGUCCAAACAUCUUCUUCUGCCGAGUACUUACUGGGAGCAGGACCACCAAAGCAUUCAUGGGAUUCAUUGGAACAGAUCAACCGAGAAAAGAAGUCUACUUGGACCCGGUAUGGACAAUCAAAGGUUGCCAAUGUCUUAUUGUCCAAAGAACUGUCAAGAAUUUUAGCUAAAGAGAACAUCUGCAACGUUUCCUUGGAUCCCGGAGGUGUAAAGACUGGCUUACAAGCCCAUUCCAAAAUGGACCCAAAGAUGGGCGUGGCUCGAUGGUUAGUAUCGACUGUGCUGCCCUACAUGUUGGUCUCACCUGAUAAAGGUGCAUUAUCUUCAUUGUAUGCUGCCACUUCGACAAAUUUGAACGAUGUGGAAAAGUACAAUGGUUUGCAUUUAGCACCUGGUGCAAAGCAUAGUACUGCCGCCAAGCAUUCACAAAAUCAACAAUUCUCGCAAUCUUUUAUGCAAUUCGUCAAAUCUACCGCCAAGAAGUCCAUUAAUGUCGAUCUGGAUCAAGAGAUUGAACAUGCCAAGCAAUAA